CUAGAGUGAUACAAUGGCUGAAGCCGCUGAAAGCUCAUCGGCUGUUUCCAAAAUGGAAUAUAAUACAGUAGAGCUUCCUUCAUCAAUUGAGAUCAAAGAAUCUGUUAUUCAUAAAGGACAAGGAGGUGCUUUUGCCUGUUGUUUGAUAAGUAAAGAUACAAGAUUUGGUCCUUACAAAGGAGAGAUAAUAAAAGCUGGUGUCAAAAGAUACAUUGACUAUAGAUAUGCUUGGGAAGUGCUUGAAAAAAGAAGUAAUGUCUUAAAACACACAGUAUGUGCUAUGGACAGUCAAAUAGGAAACUGGAUGAGACACGUCAACUGUGCUAGAUUUUAUGAAGAACAGAACAUUCUGUCCACCCAAGAAGGAUUUAGCAUAUUUUAUGUUGCAAUGAAGGAUAUUAAGCCUGGAGAGGAGCUGCUGACAUGGUUUGAUCCAAAGCUAUUGAAACGGACCAAACGACGUUUAUCAAAAAUGGAAAGGAAGCCUGUAGGCUACACAAUAGAGUUAGUUCCCUGGAGUGAUGAGAAGAAGUUUGUUCCUGAGAUUAUUGAAACCAAACGAGCACGCAAGAAAAAGGUCAUGAGCGAUAUGAUCAGUUUGGAUGAAGACCCCGUAGCCAUUGCAAGAACACUUCAACGCCUGACAAAACAAGCACAGGCUAAUGCUAGCAAAGAACAAGGCACUUUGUCUGAACAAAAAUCAGACAGCAAGAUUUCAAAACAACUUCAAGAAAAAUCUUUGUCCCACCUCAAAGAUAAAACAGUCAGUAAAUCUCGAUCAGAAAAUGAACAGACAUCUUCAUCACCUUAUAGGGAUAAAAAAUCGCACAAGAAACAAACUAUACCAUCAUAUGUGAGCCCUAGAGGCGUAAAAAUGGGUGGUAUCGACUCAGUCAAUCAAAACAACCACGUUCACUAUUUAAACAAGAACAUUAUGAACGACAAGACUGCCAAGUCCAACUCACAGAAAAAAGUCAGCGGCAGUGUAAGGAGAAAGCCUAGGCCCCACAGGAGUAUGAAAGGAAAUGCUGCCGUAACUCUAAAACCUAUUAUAUUUAGAAUUAAUGAUGAAGGUGCAAAAGUUGUUGAAGACAAUGAUGAAACCUACGAGCUUAAAAACCUACAACUAAAGGAAGAAUGUGACGAAACAUGCCAUUGUUUAAACAAACAGCUUGCUAGCCAAAUGUACACUUUAACUCACCUAAAAGACAAUCAACAGGGUUUUGCUAUCCGCUUCACUCUCUUGCCUGAGCACAAGAUCUGUGCACCGGAAAGUAAAAAAAUCUUUUACAAGUGUGAUAUCUGUGAUGGGGCGUACAACCAUGCAUUUAGUCUCAAGAGGCACUAUCUGGGUGUCCACAUCAACCACCGCUACCUGACCAGCAGCGACAUCAAGAGCUGUCAGAUCGACACAUUCCAUGCUGGAGUCCAUCUUGAGAAUGAGGAUUUUCAGGAGGUGUUUCAUUUGCCUGUUUCUUUUGAAAAACUAGAUCCAUUUCCUGAGUGUGGUACCAGAGAGGUUAAGACAUUGAAAGAAAAUUCUGUUUCUGAACAAAGUUUGCAGCAUAAGGAACAGUCAGAAAAUGCAAUAAAGAAAGAACUGUUUGCUGAAAGUUCACUGCAGCGUGAAUAUAUUCCAACUUUAAAGUGUUUAGCUGAAAAAGUAGUUGAACUCUCUCAUCCAAAAACACCAAAUGAGAAAUUGGGUUCCCCAUUAGUUUCUGAUGACAAAGACAGUACUGAGUUACCUGUUGAAACAAUGAUUGUUGAUGAAGAAAGAAAUCUUCAGUGUGAGAAAGUUGUGCCUAUUGCAGACAGUGAAGUUCCUUGUCCAGCCUCACUUGAUCCUCAACAAAGCACACAUUCACUGGAUGAGGACAGCAAGAUAUCUGAUGGAUCUGUUGUAGCAGCUAAGAAUGAAUCAGGUAUGGAAGUGCCAGACUUGCAGAAUAUAAGACAGUCUCCAGAACCUACAGACUUGCAUGAAGAAGGUUCUCAAAUUGUUACAACAAAUAAAACUCAGGAGUUUCCUGUUGCUGACAAACCAACUACUAGUUCAGUUGUUGACAGAAAAACUGCGAUAGAACAAAAUCAUUCAAUACAAGAGACAAGUGCAUUUGAGUUGAUCAAUGAUCAAACACAUUUAGAAAAUACCACAGAAGACAAAGUCAACACAGCAACUGUAGCCCUAAAGUUAGAUUCUUGUGCAGUGCAGAAAAGUAUUUUGUGUGCACAUACAACGGAAAUUACUAAAAGUUCAUGUGUUUGUUUAAGUUUUGAUGCUGAACCCGUUGAUGAAAAAGACUCUACUGUGGACACAUCUAAGGAUAUAUGUGAUAGACAGACACAAGAGAGUGGUGCUGCACUAGGAAAUUCUAAUUCUAUAUGCAGUGAUGGUUCAGAUAGAAUGUUGACGAGUUUAGCACCAGAUCAAUCAGCUAGUGCCGAAACAUUUCCUAACUCAUCAUUGGAAUCAUCUAAUGCAGCUUCCUUGCAAGCUGACACAUCACAUUCCCCCAGCAAACAGGAGUCACCAGACCCACCUACCUCUAGCAUUAAAGUUUCUGUUGAACCUGAGCCACAGACUAAUUUAUUGCAACACUCAGGUGAGGAUAAACCACAAACACCUGGUGUUCCAGUUUCAGGGAUUUCAUCACCAAAGAACCCCGCCCAGGUUAGCCCUCAACAGGUGAUCUUUGUGACAAACAUUGUGUUCCCAAUCGUCACACCAAACAAGCACUCCCCCACCUCUCCACAGCUGGCUACAAGUCUGCCCCAGACCACGUCUGGAAGUUCUAAAAACUCUGCCACUGUAUCCCAGAGCCAGGCUAAAGGGAUGCCUCUGGUUCUCAUCUCCCAACUCCCCCCUGGACUCAACGUGCAAAAUGCCACUAGCGCCUUUUUGCAGUCAUCUACAGCAUUAAAAACUCUGCAGUCUCUCCAGAACUCUCUGAACGUGAUGAGUCUAGGGAACACAGCAACAGUUCUCACAAACUCCAAAGUGAGUGCAGCUCCGCUGUCGUGUGGAUCUAUCAGCAAAUCACCAACAUCAUCUUCCAUCACCUCACCCAUUCUGUCCCCUACAGGACUACAGUCCGUAAACUUCAUCCAGCUUACAUCUCCAACCAACGGACAGGAUUUCAAAAUCUUAAAAUCUCCCACCUUAAAGAACUAUGAAAGUGUUCCAAGCAUUACCCACCCCCUGCAUAGCCUGGCCCCAGCUGUGAGGCACCCAAGCUUAGCUGGUCAGCCAGAUGACCUGUACAGGUGUCACAUGUGUGUCUUGCUGUUUAAAACCUUGAACCAACUCAAGCACCAUAUAAAGAAUGACCCUCAUCGCUUCAAGGGGAUUAAACAGUAUGCAUGUCUGCAGUGUAAUAUCAGAUUCUCCAAUAAAACUAACCUCAUCAGGCAUAACCUGAUGAAUCACAAGGAGGAUGAAAGUUUCAAAUUUCGCUGCCUUACAUGUGGUAAAGGAUUCUCUACAGAUACAUACUUAAAAAUGCAUGAGAGGUUUCAUUCUGGCAAAAACUUUCCUUGCAAAUAUGGGUGCAAUAACAUCUACUUUCCUAAUGCAGCAUCCCUUGUGAAACAUUUGAGAACUGAACACGCAGGUCUCAAUUUGAAAGAAUACCUGAAAAAUGUCAAGGCAGAGAAAUCACGCAGGAACAAACUGAACCGCAUUUUUGGUCCAUCUGACCAUAUAAGAAAUAUUGAAUUCAACCAGGAUAAAAAGGAGUUCUCAUCAUACAGUAUAAAUCAACCAGGCAUUGGGUUUCAGGCUAAGCGAAAGCAAAGGCCCUCAAAAACAAUAGCACAGAUUGAAGAAGAGAGGCAAAGGGCAAAGCUUAUGCAGGAAAUAGUGCAAGUUAAAGUAGAGCCAGUCAUGCCCAAGUUUCUGUUCAAAUGUAAGCUGUGUGACAGAGGAUUUACAACACAUUUACGAUUGCUUCAGCAUAGAACAAACACCCACGGCGCAAGCCAGUCUGUGCAGGAAUAUCUGUAUCAAAUGUCCAAAGAUGUUGCUGAAGAAGAUGCCUCAGGUAUGGAGUCCUCGUCCCUGGAGUUGUCCCCACCACCUUCACCAAAAACUUUUUAUGCCAAUGUCAACAGGAAAGGGCAAGAAAACAUGAAAAACUUCAUAGACGGAGGUUUUGAAUCCCUUCAGCAGUGGAGAAAGUAUAUCAAAGUUGAUGGCUAUACUUCUAUUUCAGAACCUUUUAAUAGUGAAGGGAUGAAGGAUUCAAAAACUGAAUGGACGUUCUACAAUUUCCCUCCAUACUUCAGGUACCAAGAAGAUUGCACUCAGUUCUAUGACAAAAGUGACCCAAGCUCAGAGGAAAUAUCUUUUAACCAGGAUAACAAGGCAACAUUACUUGAGACCCUAGAACUAGCUAAAACUGAAAAGACAGAGAAAGAAGAAGCCUCCAGUAAUGAGGAUAGUGCUGUGUCUUUGCCAGAAAAAACAAUUAAAACUGAGCCAGUCUGUGUUUUUGCUCCAACAGGAGAUUCAGAAAGGGGCAAUGCUAUAAUCAACAAGCUAGAGAAACGUUUACGAGAGUGUAACAGAAAUUUGUUUGCGGAUUCAGGUAGUAUUCUUCACCAUGACUUGCAAGGGACAACAGAGGAAGGCGGUGAAGUUUUCCAAUGUAAAACCGAAGUCUUGUCUGAAGAUGAAGAGAGUAAUACCACUGACAACUGUUCAAAUAAAAUCCUGGAUAAGAAGCAGAUUGAUGAAAUGAUUAGUGCUGAUAACUACAUAGUCUGUAGGAGUAUUAUCAACAACAUGGUAGACAAUGCCAUAGAAGGUCCAGCUGCUUUAACACAGGGAGCAGUGCAUGAAGAGGUGCCUGGGUUGAACAGGCUGGACAGUGGUUUCAGUUCAAUGCCCUCUAGUGAAUACCAAAGCCUUGUGGGCAGCGCCAGCAGCUCCUUGUCUUCAAGUGAAUGCCCCAGUCUUGAUGGCUGUGUGCCAGGGUCCAGGGAAUCUGAAAACUGUGCUGGGGGUCAGGUGUGUGCUGGAGAACCAAGUCCACUGUGUAUUGGUUAUGUCAAUCCUAAUGUGCCUGAGACUAAUGUAGAUAGUGUAGACAAUUCCCUCCUGACUACAUCAGCUGUGCAGCCUGCCACUGAUUGCCCUACUAAGGCCAUACCCAUUUUACCUAAAGACAAGAAACUUGAAGUGCUAAGCAGUAGCUUCAUGCAGAGCAUAAAUUUAGAAUCUUCUCUCGCCUUACCUUCAAAGGGUGACCUUGUUCAAGGUGAGUCCAGCCCAAAGACGAACAGCCUAUUAUUUCUUCAGUCACUUAAUCUUCAUGUCAUGGGCUGUCAGCUCUCUUCUGCUAAACUGUUGGAGCUGUGGUCGAAAGGUGUGUCCUUGACCCAGCUUAGCUCUCCUGUGGCAGCUCGACGUUAUCGCACACUGUCACUGUCUUCACUAGGAAUAGUGUCUCAUGGUAAAAAGCCCCAGUUUGAUCAUUCACUAGAAGCCCUCAACACAUCAGACACAUCCAAGCAUGACAACAGACGCUACUCCAUCUGGAGUGGUCAGUUGCACCCCAAAGUGAAUGAGGAAAGCAAAGAAAACACUUUCUGCUGUCCUGUGGUGGAGACGGUGAGAAAGCAAGAAGCCAUGAGGCAGAAGGUCAACUACGAGUUUGAGAAAAUCAGCAGGGAUAGGGAGGUAACCAAGCAACCAACCAAAUUCGCAGCUUCUAAAUUAAAGAUGGCUGAAAUGAUGGGGUUGAUGGCUAAGAGUGAGUUUGAGCUCUCUCACCACGCUAAGAGAAAAAAUGAAUUUAUCAUCAAGCCACCAGAGAUAUGGAAUAAUUACGAGAACAUUUGGUUUGGUAAGAAAGGGGCAAUAACUGUUGUGUGCUCAAUUUGUCACCGUCACUUCAGCUGCUGGGACUUGUGUUUCCGUCACCAGCUGAAGAAACACCCCCACAUUGAGCCAGCAUCACUGGAGAUGGAGCGGGACAAUGACGUUGAAGACAUGUACUACUACUACCCCAUGAGGUACGGCAUCCUGGCUGAAACACAGCUCAUCCCAGAUGACCUUCCACCUAUUGAGGUGUAUGUCUGUACACGCUGUGGGUUCCCCUUCAAGAACCUCAACAAGCUUCACUCACACAUCUUAGCCUGUGACCCUGCUCAAGAGGAGGUUGUUUCAGCUCAGUGUAUGAACCAAAAGCCAACUUUCAUGAAGAAAAAGCUGUUAACUUUGAUGGACAGAAGGCUGACCCAGGACACAGAAGCAGGAACCUCCAAGGCUAUUUCAUCAAAAACAAAGUCUGGUAGAUCAAACAGAAUCUCAACUCUACCCAUGGAACUGAACAGACCAAGAACUCAACAGUCUAGCCCAGCAGUGGUCUGCUCAAACAUUGAAGUGCCCCGAAAAUCCAAACCCGCAAACAAAGCUUACCCGAACCGUUCCAGCCUUUCAUCAAAUUUUUCUUUCUAUGCAAGCAGUAAAAGUAAGAACUAUGAGCUGCUGUACAACCCCCAGAACCACCUGAGGAGGAGAGAGCUGUACAAGGUACUGGACCAGCACCAGUGCCAUGGCUGUAACCUCAAGUUCAACUCUCUCUCCAUGCUGGAGAGGCACGUCAAGAAGUGCAGCGGCCGCGACAAGCUGCAGAGCCAAAAACCACUGGUCAGUCAGAUCAUGCCAGAUGAUGCGGCGUUAAGGAAACAGCACACCUGUCGUUACUGCAACAAGAGGUUUACCUAUAUUAAAGGUGUUGAUCUCCAUUACAAAAGAAUAUGCGCUGUUAGGAAAGUGAAGGAAGAGGAGAAUAAGUUGACCAGUGAAGACCUGGCCCAUGAGGAUGAGCUCAAGAGAAUCAUAGAGCACUUGAAGUGGAGCAAAUCUUUGAACAAAGACAGCAGUGAUAUCAUCCAGGGUAAUGUCAGAGUUGAGGAAGAUGGCACGUUGACUCGCGUUGUCAAGCAGAGAAUUUACCCACCCAGGCCUAGAAAACGGAGCAAUAAAAAAAGGCCAAGAAGAAGCAGUGUGAGAAAACCAAAACCUGUAAGUGUACCACUGGUGGUUUCUUCUUUGACGGAUGCGGCAGCACUUCAGGUUCCGUCUGAAGAAACAGCAGAGAAAGUCAAUGAAGAGUUGACAGCUGAUGAAAACACAGGUAGGAGGUUGACAAGAAGCACUAGCCUGGACAAGAGUGCCUCAUCCACUGAUGUUGGCCAGAAGAGGAAGAUGUUAGAGUCACCAUCAAGCACAGGUUCAGCCAAGAAAAAAGGUAAAAGCUCUUCUAGAAGAGGAAGUUCAGAAACAAGCCUGGAGGAGAGAAGGGAAACUAGAAAUACCAGUCGCAUAAGGAAAAGUAUUGAUGAUUCCUCUUCCAAGUCAACUGAUAACAGUCCAUUGUUUACAAAAAGGUCUGUUGAUUUGAAAAGCAAUGUGAAGGUUGUUUUAAAAGAUGUCAGAGUGGAUAUGAAAGAGUUAAACUCUCAUAAGAAGGCUACCAGUAGGGGGCCUGUCAAGAAAGAUGCUGAGGUAAAAGCUUCUAAAUUACCAGCCAGAAAGAGGGGACGGCCAAAAAUCUUUGACCCGAGUGAUAUUGACACCAGCUACACCAAAAAGAAGAAAGUGGACCGUAGCCUGGUUAGACGCUACAGCAGCCCAAAUGACACUGCCAAGGAGGACAUUGUCACUAAGCCAGUGUCGUCCCCAUGUUUGCCUAAAAGCAAGCCUGACCCCACAGAAGCUGGUGAGAAUAGUAGCCAGGAGUCACUGACUAGCAAAGGGAAAUCACCCAGAAAUUCUGCACAAAGACCUGCUCAGAUAAAGAGCAAGCCAAAAGAAGUAACCCCUGCCAAAGAUCCUGUAUUGGUGGACCCUUGUAAAAUGUUAGAAAAGAUGAAGCAGCUUAAGGAAGCUGCCAAAAUAGAAUCAGAGAAUCAAGUUAAAACAAAACAAGCAUACCAAGCUAAAAGAGCAAAGCUUAGAAAAGCCUAUGCAGCACUGAAAACUACAACCAACAGUAGUGUUGAAGGUUCUGCUAAUGACUCAUUGUCAAGCAACCAAAAAGAUAAACCUGUUAUUAAAACACAGUCCACAGAACUAUUCAAACACCUUACCAAAGAAGAGUCAAAGUCACCUUCUAACAUCAAACUUCUAGAGGGAGCAACUCCUGUCUCAUCCAAAGAUAAAGUUAUUUUUUCCUCGCAGUCCAAAACUAGUAUUGUACCAGUCUCUACCAGUUUAAAGAGGAAAUCCCCAAUCACAACUUCCUCUCCACAAGAUAAGAAAAUGAUUUCUAUAUCAUCUUCUAAAUCUGUAUUGAACCCAUCAUUUAAGCCUAAAACUGUUCAGUAUACACCCAAUAAAGCAAGACUCCCCUCUGAUCUAGUUUCCAAGAAAUCUGAGUCUGUGGUGUCCAGCGAAAAAACAGAGGCUACUGGGAAACAGUUAACACAGCCCACCAAAGUUUUGAUAUCACAUUCCAAACCAGUGCCUGUGAAAACCCCCCCAACAUUGAAGUUUACCCCCGUUUCAGCCGCCUCAGUCGGUGACGGCACGUCCACACUGAAACAGCAACCGCAACCUGUGUCUGUGAGAGUUGUGACCUUGUCGCCAAACGGGAUGAACCUCCUCACUUACGAUAGUUCAUCCAACAACAUUCUCACAUCUACUGUGUCUACAUUAUCAGGAAGUAAAAUUCUAAAAACUCAGGAAAAUAUAGAACUGGUCAAUAAGUCACCUAUCCAGGUAUUGAAUCGUAGUUCAGACCAGUUGGCCCAACCUCUUUCCAAAGGUCAACCUACCAACUACGUUAUCCAUAAACCUGGCCAAGUUGCAUCCAUCAGUAAAACUGGUGGGCGGGUUGUUUACAAAUACACAGAUAUUAACCAGACUCAAGAAGUGAGUAAGCCUGGAGGGAAAGUAUUUUAUGGAUACGUAGAUGGCCGUCUUGUACAGUUACCUGGAGAAGAAGACCCAAAGGAGCAAGUUAUUUACAUGUAUGAAGAUGUUUCAGCACCUGUCCUUGAUACAAUCGCGCAAGCAACUGCUGCUGCAGGGAUAGAUGCUUCCAGUGUUGCUGCGCAUGAUGCAAGCACCAGUCAAGGAAUGUUAGCCUCACCCGUUGAUCCUGUAACCCAUGACACCUAUGUGAACAACAACACCGUCUACACAGUUUCACAGAAGACUCCCAAACUGACUGUGAACCGGGCCCAGCACACUGUAAUUCCUAUCACCGGGGAUCAGACUCUGGUGCAACUUACAGGCGGUGCCAAGCUCCCUAAAGAAACCUUGUUAACUAAGGCUGGAGAUAAAUAUCAUUUCAUCAAUUCUUCCAAGUUGGUGACACAGUCGCCAACAGGCACAGUGGGAGUAACUAACACUGUCUUAGUUCCUGGGAAAGAAAUCCCAACUGUUAUUGUUGCUCCACGCCCACCCACAAGGGCAACGCCCAAUAUUACCUACUUACCAAAGACAACUAGAAUGACGGUGCCAUCACCAAGGUUUCCGGCAUCUACCAAAUAUAUCACAUUGUCUGGAACCAAUAUUGUACAAGGAACUGCUGGUCAAGCCAAGAUGGUGAAGGUCAGUACCUUGCCCCACAUUGAAAGCAUUGUAUCUAAUCAGGCCAUUGUUCCAACAGCAUCAUCUACAACCAUCACAGACAAGCCAAUCAUUCUCAACACUGGACAGAUGACUAGAAUCAUUCCCUCAGGAGUCAUACAGCCACCAACAACCCCAAAAAUACAUCGCACCACCCAGCCUUUAUCAACACCAAUCAACCGGCCUGUCAGCAGCCUACCUAAGCUGGUGGUUCAACAUGCCAGCUCAUCCCAGCCUUUUUACCAAACUUCUACCUCAGCUGUUGCUAACUCACCUGCCAACACGCCAUCUGUUGGUCCAGCCAACAAGCUUUCUAGUAAUGUGCCGAGGACACACAAGAACCCAUUAAACUCUAUCAUGUCCAACCAGAUCAUGAUCAGCCUUGAUGAUGGUACCACAGCCAUGUUGGACCCAGAUUCCCUGGCUCAGUUUCUAACCUUUUCACCAUCACUUAACAAAAAUGACCUAAGUACCAUCACUGAGGAUACGGCUACGGUAACUGACCCUGAACAUGUCAUGGUCAACAUGGCUGAAAUUCAGCCCAAUCACCAAGUUGUUCAUGAAAUCAACUGGCCAUCUAAUGGUUCCAUCGAUUUGACUGAUAUUCCAGAUAGUGUUGAUUUGUUAUGAUAAUUUGUUGCAAUUUUUUUUUCCGUUUAUAUGUAUGUAAAUAAAUUAUAUAUUAACUAUUUCAGUUCAUAUUUCCGUAAGCAAUUAGCUUAAAUUUCUUAUACCAAUAUUUGAUUUGCAAUCAUUUAUUUUGUCAAAAUUCUUAUAAUGGUUGUAAAUUGAAUUUUACUGAGCUAUUUUUCCCACUAAUGUGUAUAUUUUUUCAAAAAAAGAUUUUUCAUUUUACAGAUUUCACAAACAUUUUAAUGUGUUCAAAUAUAAUUAAAAAUAUGAGAUGUGAAAGUGUAACGUUUACUGCUUUAUUUUCUGAAAUGUUAUUUAAUUUUAAAAUAUUGCUUGUAAACAUUUAGUUCUUGUCAUAUCAUAAUUAAAAGGUAAUGGUAAAAUAUUUUUGUUUUUUCAAUGCCUAACAAAAGCAAAGUAGCUUUUGUUAAAUGUUUUCGAAUUGGUCGUAAAAAAAAAAUACACAAGUACCAUUGAAGAACCGUUUCUUUAAGUUCACAAUGUUAUUUCUAAAUUUAAGUUUUUAUUUUUAAAGAGUAUUUUUGUUUAAAUCUUGCAAGUGUAUAUAUCUUUUUUUGUAUUGGGAAGGCAAUGGGAGACCUUUAAAAUGUAGUGUAAGCCUAUUGUAUAAGCAAAUACAUGUACACUGUUGUAUAGUAAAUUCCAAUAUAUUUGUGUUGUGAUUAACAUGUUAAAUGACAUGUUAUCACAUGCAGGCUUGUGACUAGAAUGCAACAUUGCGUUGAUACCUAAUAUCACUGAAAUUUAUUGUUUAAUAAAUUUGUUAUUAAGUAAUCUUCAGACUCUUCCUUCCUUGAUCUGUCUUGUGAAAGUGCAUAUUUUGUACAUAUAUUUCAGAUUUCAUGUACCAUAUUUGCUUUUGUCCAUAACUGAAUGGAAUGGAUGUUAAGCCUCUGAUUAAUAAAGUUGAUUUUUAAAA